CGUAAACUGCAGUGUUUGGUUGUGGUCGGAACAGAGGAAGCGAAGAAGGGGAUCAAGGAAACCUCUAGCAUCGUAGAUAAACACCCCUGAAGACGUGUGAACCCAGCGGUCACACAACUGUAACUACACCAAAAAGAACCGUAAAAGGGUCCUUGACACAGCGAGGGUCAAGAUGUCUGAGACAUACGACUUCCUGUUCAAGUUCCUAGUGAUCGGCAGUGCUGGUGCGGGGAAAUCCUGCCUCCUCCACCAGUUCAUCGAGAACAAGUUCAAACAGGACUCCAACCACACCAUCGGCGUGGAGUUCGGUUCCAGGGUGGUCAAUGUCGGCGGGAAGACGGUCAAACUGCAGAUCUGGGACACUGCCGGACAGGAGCGAUUCCGUUCUGUGACACGCAGCUACUACAGAGGAGCAGCUGGAGCCCUCUUGGUCUAUGACAUCACCAGCCGUGAAACGUACAACGCGCUGACCAACUGGCUGACGGACGCACGGACACUAGCGAGCCCCAACAUCGUCAUCAUCCUGUGCGGAAACAAGAAAGACCUGGACGCGGAGAGAGAAGUGACGUUCCUGGAAGCCUCGCGGUUUGCUCAGGAGAACGAACUAAUGUUUCUGGAGACGAGCGCUCUGACGGGUGAAAACGUGGAGGAGGGAUUCCUGAAAUGCGCUCGCACCAUCCUCAACAAGAUAGAUUCAGGGGAGUUGGACCCCGAGAGGAUGGGCUCAGGAAUCCAAUAUGGAGACGCCUCACUGAGGCAGCUGCGGCAGCCGAGAGGCACGACGACGCAAAACAAGCAGCAGUGUAACUGCUAGGGGUCGGACUCCGUCCUUACUUGAACCCGCUGGCCCAUACGGAGAGACCGCCCCCUACAGCUCAUCUCCAGGUGUUUUUGGGUGUGUGCGACUGCUGUCUCAUGCACUUUAGACCACCUGGAUCAGUGUUGGUGGGUUGGGGGGCACUACUUUGAUGACCCCUGACCUCCAACCUCUGGUAAGCCUCCUUACCUGAGUGGUUCAGGUUUUUAUCCCGCAUCUGGACUGCUUAACCCCCCACACCCCUCCCUCUCGGUGCGAAGACGGUGCGAUCACAAAGAAGGCACUCCGUCAUCAGAUGCCAGAGGAGGACAAGUCAAGGGUUGUUUGUUUUGAGCUUCUCUCCUGUCGUUUUUACGUCUUCGCUUUCCCACGCUGGUUUUAAGCCACCCUAAGAUGUUUUCCUGCAUUUGCACUUCAUUGACUGUAAAUGAUUGUGAAGCUCCUUCGAGCAUUUUCAUCACUCGGCCUCCGGCCGAUUAGUUAAUCAAAGCAAAUCGUAACCGAUAGUGACUCUGUGAUAAACGGUCUAAAUGUGUACUCUCAAAAGAGGUCAUCAUCUUCCUCCAUAGUUUGGCUUAAAAAUGUCGUAUUCAGGUUUCUAUCAGACGCCACGUCUGUGGUUUGUCAUCUUAUGAUGCUUCUCAUUUGAUCAGAAAAUUGAAGAGUAGUGGGGUUCGGGUGGAGCUCAGUCAGACCCAGAGUGUUCAAUCGUUGAGUGUCUCAGUGGAAAAUGCUUGGUUUUUGAAUUGCAAAUGCACCGUAAUGACGUAGAGCGAUGGCUUUUAGGUUAUGCUCCAUACUUUAAAUCCACAGUUUUGGUCAGACGUUUGCAUCCUUUCAUCCACCACAUUGAUUCUGUUCUGUCUUUUUUUUCUGCAGUGAUUAUAUACCAUACAGUUGCAAUGAGUUUUAGAAGCAAGAAUUGGGAGCACCAAUGUGAAUUGAUUGCGGCUUUAUUUUUUUUUGUAGUCCACACAGCGUCAAAAAUUACAUGUAAACCCUCAAAUAUAAA